AUGUCUUUUGUCGCCGACUGGUUCGUGGGAAUCGAUAUCGGCACCAAUUCCAUCCGUGUUGCUAUCUUGAACGACAGAAAUGUGCUUGUUGGCACGUCCGAGCACGAAAUUGCCGUGCUCCACCAUCCGACAGACUCUUCCGUUGUUACUCAGGACACAGCCCAGGUCUGGUCGCAGCUUGAACGGUGCAUCACUGACAGUUUGGAGCAAGCCAGGACCGUAGAGCAUGGCAAUGUGAAGUCGUUUUGCUGCGGAGCAACCUGUUCACUCGUGGUGGAGUCCAAAGACGGCAGCAAUGUCAUUCUCUGGAUGGAUCACCGUGGAGAACCAGAUACCAUCAACAGCAAGAUGAAACAGAACCAUCCCAAGAUGUUACAGCGUCUGGGAGGGUCCAUCAUUGCCGAAAUGGCGCUUCCCAAAAUCAAGGAGUACCUCAAGUCGGACUCGACACCACUAAAGAUCUACGAUCUACACGACUGGAUAGAAUGCAUGCUUAGCGGAGACACCUUAGAGGUGCCCAAUUAUAACACAGACAAUAUUGGAAUAGACGGAUCCCUGAAGGGGUUUCCGUUGGAGACAUUGAGCGAGUUCGAUAUCAACUUGAAAGAACACCAGAUCGGAAGAGCAGAGUCCGUUCCAUAUCCUGGUAUUCCGUUUGCUGGAACACCAAUAGCCAAACUGGCACCGUCUUUGGCCGAACGUUGGAACGCCCCUAACGCCGUUGUUUGCUCAGGAGUGAUAGACUGCUACUCGUCGUUCUUCGCGCUUCAGAACAAGCAGAUCGACCCAGAGAAAAACCUGGUCAUGGUGGCAGGAACAUCAACUUGCUACUUGGGAGUCUCAAAAACACCCAAAGACGCCCCGCCUGGAAUCUGGGGCCCAUUCCAUCUGACCCAGGACCAUUGGUUUUACGAAGGAGGCCUCAGCUGUUCGGGUAUUUUGUUCGAAUCGCUUUUCGAGAAUCACCCGGCUGCCAAAAACCUAGACAAAUCCAAAAACUUGUUCCAACAGAUUGAGGACUUGGUGGACUCCUUUGUCCAGCGUGAAGAACUAAGCUCUGCUUGGCAACUCGUCUCCAAAAGAGUGUACAUUGGCGACUAUCUGGGGAACCGGACCCCGUUCAAUGAUUCCAGCUUGUCCAGUUUGAUAAUCGGAAGCUCGUUGCGGCCUGAUGAUCGCGAUCUUGCGUGCAGCUAUCUGUCAAUAAUUGAGUACCUUGCUCUUUCAACCAAGAUGAUUGUGGACUGUUUCUGCAAAAGUGGGUUUGAACUCAAGUCGUUGCAGGUUUGUGGGUCUCAAGCUAAAAAUAGUCGGUUGAUGAGCCUCCUUGCUCUUAUUCUCGAAACCAUUGAUGUUUACGUCCCAAUUGGACUGGAUUCAAAACUUAUUGGAGCACAGGGAUCCUCUAUGCUUGGCGGGUCGUCGCCUAAAGACGUGGAGCUCCAGCUGGUCAGCCCCGAUAGCGAUGAAAACUUGAAAGAGCUUUUGCUGGAGAAACAAAAAAUUAUGUUCGAGCUGCUCGAGAAACAGCAGGAAAUCAAUCGCAGACUAUCCCCUUACACCAGUCGCUCUCAUGAAUAG